AAAAGUUUAAAAUCCCAAUAGCCUUUAGCCUUCGCCUCUGAACAAAAUCUUUCCAAUGCCUAAAUUAACAUCCUUCUUCGAUUUUCACCUUCUCUUACUAUUCCUUGUCAUUUCCGCCGCAAAUGCCUCCGUAGUUACAUCGCCGAUAAGCCAACGAUUCAAAGAAGCCCCACAAUUCUACAACUCUCUAAAUUGCCCCAAGAUAGUUGGCGAAGGUAAAGAUGGAUUAUUUUUAUGCUCGGACGAAGCUGUUCAUGUGGCAAUGACCCUUGAUUCAGCUUACAUUCGGGGUUCAAUGGCGGCUAUUCUUUCAGUGCUUCAACACUCCUCUUGUCCCCAGAAUAUCGUCUUCCAUUUCGUUGCCUCCGCCACCGCCAACGCGUUGCUCUUACGCGCCACCAUCUCUUCCACCUUCCCUUACCUCAACUUCCAAGUCUACGCUUUCGACGACUCUUCUGUUUCACGUCUCAUUUCGACCUCUAUCCGCUCAGCACUAGACUGCCCUUUGAACUACGCUCGAAGCUACUUGGCCAAUAUCCUUCCUUCAUGCGUCCGUCGAGUCGUCUACCUUGACUCAGACCUGGUCCUUGUCGACGAUAUUUCUAAACUCUCUGCAACUCAACUCGGAGACAACUCAGUCUUGGCUGCACCAGAGUAUUGCAAUGCAAACUUCACCUCUUACUUCACUCUAAAGUUUUGGUCAAACUCUACUUUAUCCUUAACUUUUGUUAACCGUAAAGCUUGUUAUUUCAACACCGGUGUCAUGGUGAUCGACCUCGAUCGAUGGAGACAUGGAGAUUACACGAAAAAGAUUGAAGAAUGGAUGGAGAUUCAAAAAAGAGUGAGAAUAUACGAGUUGGGUUCUUUGCCACCAUUUUUAUUAGUUUUUGCAGGGAACAUAGUUCCAGUUGACCAUAGAUGGAAUCAACAUGGACUCGGAGGCGAUAAUUUUAGAGGUUUGUGCAGGGAUUUGCAUCCUGGUCCGGUUAGUCUUUUACAUUGGAGUGGGAAAGGGAAGCCAUGGGCGAGGCUUGAUGCUAAUAGGCCUUGCCCAUUGGAUGCUUUAUGGGCACCUUAUGAUCUCCUGCAAACGCCAUAUACGUUGGAUUCUUGAUGGCAAAGUUAGCAAGCAUUGAGAUAUGCUUGUUACCAGCUCUCUGGAAACUGUUUGUUUGAUGAGAAAGUGACAGAAAAGCCAAGAAAUUGGUGGAUCGAGCUGUGUAUUUGCCGGGACUACACAUUAAAGAUGAAGAAACUGAAAACCCAGACAAGAAAUAGUAUUGGGUUCAUGAAUUUUCAUCUCCGAUGUAUGAUAUUGAUAAGUGUAACAAAAUACCUGCAAUGCAAAUCGAAGAGCUG